AGCUGGCAUGAGCCUCUGGGUGGACAAAUACCGGCCCUGCUCCUUGGGACGGCUGGACUAUCACAAGGAGCAGGCGGCCCAGCUGCGCAACCUGGUGCAGUGUGGUGAUUUUCCUCAUCUCUUAGUGUAUGGACCAUCAGGUGCUGGAAAAAAGACAAGAAUUAUGUGUAUUCUGCGUGAACUUUAUGGCGUUGGAGUAGAAAAAUUAAGAAUUGAACAUCAGACCAUCACAGUAAGCAUUUUACUUUGAGGCCUCCGAAUAUUU